AAUACCAUGGAUCUGUUAUGAUUACAAUGAUUACCAUAUUAGUGAUUAGUUCAAUUUAAAGAGAAAAUAUGACAACCAUUUAAAACUAAAGUCUGUAUGUUACUCUAAAUGUGGAGUCAUGUUGGUCUUUAGUCUUCUUCAGUAUGAUAUACUGAUAAUAUCAGUCAUAAUAUUCUCUCUUGCUGACGGACAUGAACUGUGUAGCAAUAAUGUACCCGUUGGUCACGAAUCGAAUAGCUCCUAUUGGCCUUUUCAUCAUUUAUCUGACAUCGGGGAAUUACAGUGUAUGAAAGUGUGCAAACGAUACAAACUUUGCGAGAAAAUUCGGCACAACAGGGAACACCUUACAUGUGACCUCAUGAUGACGAUUGCAGAACCGGGUAACGUCACGUCGCUUUUAGAUGUAGAAUCUGUCCAGAUGGACAUGCAUGGUUGUUCAAAUGCAACUUGUAUGGAGAAUGAAGUUUGCAUAAACAAGCAUGAUGGAGGCCAUGCAUGUCUUAAACAAGAUAUAUGCCCGACAGCGGAAUGGAUACCAUUCAACCACAAGUGUUACCUGUUUCGGGACGAUAAAAUUACUGCAGAUGCUAACUUGGAAUGGUGUAGAAUGCUAAACGCUACUAUGGUACGAGUCGAUGACGACGCAGUGAGCGAAUUUCUCCACUCAGAAAUGAAAAGAAGUGGAAAGACAGACAUUUGGAUUGCUGCCAACGACCGAGCUGUGGAAGGCGAAUGGGUGUGGGGUCCUGGGGAUAUCAUAACAAAUGCGGCGUGGUCACCAGGUGAACCUAACAACGUUGUAGAUGAGGAUUGUGCUAUCUUUACGCCUUUGUUGGUCGAUUUGGUGUGUUCAAAUACCUAUUAUGUAAAUCCUGUAUGCGAAGUUCCUUAUAACAUUUUGGCCUAGUCACAAUCGUCCUACGACAUCUUUUCUAACGACAUCUUUGCGUUUGGUGUCGGUUUAAGGUCCUCCAAAUAGUCAAGCCCAAAUUAGGACUGGAAUCUACAGAACAAUGAUCAAACAAAGAAGAGAGUGUUAUUCUAUUCAAUGGCGUCUUAGUAAAUAGCAGCCUUGAAAAAUCCUCAUUCUGUCAACGAAGAAACAAAGCAACCUCUGAAUGGCAUGGAGCAUGAAUUGUAGCAUCAUACAAUUAUAUCACGUGUUCCAUGAUAACAAAAUGGGAUAAAAGAUGGUUGUUGUUGUCUAGAUAUUCUCCUGUUUUCACAUUUUGCAUUAUUUCGCAUAUUCAAAGUAUCUAGUUCUUCUUCAAUCUGCUUGCUGUCAUUUUCAAAGUACCCGAUUCCUCUUCAGUCUGCUUGCUGUUAUAUUCAAAGUACCCGAUUCCUCUUCAAUCUGCUUGCUAUUAUAUUCAAAGUACCAAAUUCCUCUUCAAUCUGCUUGUUGUCAUAUUCAAAUAUUUAUUAGUAUGUUUGUUGUCACAUUUAAGGCAACUUAUUCCUCUUCAAUCUUGUUGUCAUUUUUCAAAGUACCAAAUUCCUCUUCAAUCUGCUUGUUGUCAUAUUCAAAUUACGUAUUACUAUGUUUGUUGUCACAUUUAUGGCAACUUAUUCUUCUUCAAUCUUUUUGUCAUACUCAAAGUUCUCAGACGGCAGAUGUUCGUUAUUAAUAUGAAUUAUCUGUAUUCACAUUCAAUAAAACCCUAUAGAAAAUAUCACACAGCGUUAAACGACGCAUUGACAUACAGUUCGUAAUUUUGCAAACAGACAACAUGUCUUUUCUUUACCUUCAAAUGCAUGCACACUUCUUAAUCAACGAAAUACUUUCGUUGUAAUAAUGGUUGACGUGGCUUAAAUAUUCUCAUUGGAAAAAGCACUCCUGGCGGUAUUUUACACCCAAGGGAAUAUA